AUGGAUGAAGCAAUGCAACCAAAUUUACCAGUAUAUCUCCAAAAAUAUAUAUUAAAUCUUUUAUGCACCCAUAUCCAUUACUACAGUAAAUCUAUAGACCCUUUAACAGUUGGUUAUACAUACAGAGACAAAGAAAAUGAAAUUAAAAGUUAUAUGAUCAAUGUUGGAUUGGUAUCAAAGUUAUUUUUUAAAAUAAUUUCAGGAACACAUGUUUGUAUUGAUCUUAAUCAUUUAAAUUUAGAUUCCUUUAAUAAAUAUAAAAUUAAAAAAAUAAAUAAUAAUAAUAAUAAUAGUAGCAAAAUAAUAAAGAUAGAGAAUAUUGAAGUCUUAAAGUUACAUUAUGACCAAACAAUGAAAAGUUUUUACAGAAAAACAUUUAAGCAUGGAAGAGUUUUAGAUAUCAGUAUACCAAUAGAAACAAUAAAUGAGCAAAUAAAGCAAAUGAAAUCGCUUAAAAAGAUAGUUUUAAGAAAUGUAAAUACAAUUAAGCAUACAUUGAAAUUCCUUGAUGAAUUAGUUAUACCUCCAGAAUUAAAUAUCGAGCAAAUUAAAGUUUUAGAAUUUAGAAUUUCACAAAAAACAACAAAAGCCAUAGUAGAGAAUCUUUAUUUUAAGGUAAAGAAAUUACAUACAAUAGUUUUAGAGGAGUAUGAGGAAGAGGAAUUAUUGUUUCAAAUUUUCAAAUAUUGGUUUCAUUCAAUCAAGCAAUUUUUUAAAAUUUCAGAUUGUUCAUUUCCAAUCAUCAAAUUUUCGGGUAAUAUAUUAAGUGGUGAAGAAAUAAUUGAAAAUAGAAAUCCAAGUGGCAUUGAAAGAGGUAACAGUAUCAACUAUUUGCAAAAUAUAGUAUAUUAUCAUUUUCAAGAUUCAGGUAUUUCACUAAAGGAAUUGUAUUGUAUUUUAAAGGCAUCACCUAAUUUACAGUUUUUAUCAAUUCAAAUUUGCCUUGAAAGAUUAGAUUAUUUAUUUUCCGGUCAAAUUGAUAGAGAUAGGUUAAAGUGUAAAUGCAGAUCUAUAUUUUACGACAAUGAUCAAGCAACUAUUGAAGUUUAUAUGGAUGAAAGAGGUAUCUCAGCAAAUCAAGAGGAUGUCAUCCAAGAAUACCACCGAAAUACAGUUGAGGAGGCACUUCAUUUUUGGAAAUUAAUAAAGAAAUUAGAUAAUUUUUCAAAAUUAAAGAUGGUAGGAAUUAGCCAUUCGUGCACGUUAAUGUUCCUAUUCUAG